CUCUUGCAAAAACCACCUUACUUCUUUCGAAACUGCGCAAACGAAAUAAACAAGUCAAGUCGGCAUAGAAUUUUCCAAAAGUCAUUUAAAGGAAAUAAAGCUUUUUUAAAAUACAAAAUGGGCGAUGCCGACAGAAUAAUGAACGAUACUGAAGCCGCCAAGCCAACAGUCGGGAUCCAGGUAAUUAAUGCCGAGGAAGUGCCCACCAUUGAGGAGAUAAUCACCAUCGAUCCGGACUGCUACGAGCUGGAUCUGAAUCAUCGCCGCAUCGAGAAGCUGGAAAACUUUGAGCCUUUGACGCGGAUCGAGCGCUUGUUGCGCUGGAACCUGAUCAAGAAGAUUGAAAACCUGUCCUCCAUGACAUCCCUCUUAGAGCUGGAGCUGUACGACAACCAGAUCACAAAGAUCGAGAACCUCGAUGACUUGGUCAACCUGGAGCUGCUGGACCUCAGUUUCAAUCGCCUGACCAAGAUUGAGAACCUCGACAAGCUCGUCAAGCUGGACAAGAUCUACUUUGUGGCGAACCGCAUUACUGUUAUCGAGAAUCUGGGGAUGCUGACCAAUCUUACCAUGCUGGAGCUGGGCGAUAACAAGUUGAAGAAGAUCGAAAACAUUGAGAUGUUGGUCAAUCUUCGGCAGCUCUUCCUUGGCAAGAACAAGAUAGCUAAGAUCGAGAACCUUGACGCGCUGGUCAACCUGGAAAUACUCAGUCUGCAGGCUAAUCGAAUUGUAAAGAUCGAAAACCUGGAAAAGCUUGCAAACCUCCGGGAGCUCUACAUAUCCGAGAAUGGAAUUGAAACGAUUGAAAACCUCUCAGAGAACAAGAAGCUGGAGACCCUCGAUCUGGCCAAGAACCGAUUGAAGGGCAUUGCCAAUCUAGAGAACCUCGAGCUGCUCGAGGAGCUCUGGCUAAAUCACAACGGCGUGGAUGACUGGAAGAACAUCGAGGUGCUGAAAGUGAACAAGGCUCUACAGACCAUAUACCUGGAGUACAAUCCACUGGCCAAGGAUAUUCGCUAUCCCAAGCUGCGCGACAUCCUGCCACAACUGCAGAAAAUCGAUGCCACCCUGUGCACGAUGCCCGGAUCCCACUAAGAUAAAUACCUCCUCACUGUAACCCCUUUUGAAAGACUAAUCCAAGGCGUACCGCCAAAAUAAUAUAAACUUUGCAAACUUCCGUUUAAAAUA